CCACAAUGACUUCCGGUUAGGAUUGCGUAAUCAAACGUGGAAGUGGAAGGCAAAGACGUUUAUCAUGCCCAUGAAAGGAAAAUUUCCUCUUCGGAGGACAAUUCGAUAUCUUGAGCAGGGUAAAAUACAUCUUCGAGAUUCUGUUAAGAUAUUAUCAAUCAACUAUAAUUCCUUUGGAAAGGAGAGCGAUGGAGCAAGGGACUUUGUAUUUUACCACCUACCUCAGCUACAAUACAAGAACCCAAAUGUACAGAUGCAAACCUUCAAGAACAUCACACCAUCUCCAUUUAUCAGAUGUUUCCUCAAUGAAGGUAAAGAGGUGCUUAUUGAUGUCGAGGAUAAGACCAAAGAUGACAUUGUAGAACACCUCAACAAAGUCCUAGGAAAAUCAGAACGUGUCUUAGCCACCGAGAGGAAAGCCAUGGAGCGUUCCUCUAACCCAGCAAACUUUGGUCGUACCUAUGCCAGAUGGUGCAUCUGUGAGGUCCCUGGACAGUUCCCCUGCCCCAAAGUGGUGCCCAUGCCCAACGAGAUGAAGGGCAAGUACCGUGAACUAAAAGAGGACAGUCUACGCGCCCCUGAGGCACUCGUGCAGAGGGCAGACACGCCCACGGAAACAGCUGUAUAACAGCGACUCUAGCUCUUGUGCUCCUAAAGACUUUUAAAUUGAAGUGACUGUCUGUGUAAUAUAUCUCAAGAAACGUACUCUGAGGGCUGUUCGUGACCAUUGGAUCUUGCAUGGAGAUUAAUGCUGUAUUAUUGCCCGAGUUAUAUUGACCAAAGUACCCAGUAGAUGGAGAACAUGUUUUCCUAAAAUCAGAGCAUAUUGCAGAGGUGUACAACUGUUUUCAUAGGCUUUACUUUUAAAAGAUUAGAAAAGUGUCAUAUCUAGUGAAUUUAUACAGUCUUUUAUUUUCAGCGGAGAUAACCUCUUUGUUAACACAGCUAAAGUGAAAGUACAUGUGAAAGUUGGACAAGGUAUUCCAAUAGUGCUGAUUGGAAUAUGUAAAUAAGUGUAUAUGAAUUAUGAUAUUUUGCAUCAUGUAUGUACAUGAUCCAUCAAUGACAAUAAAAUUUGAAAACUUGGUAAGCAUUGUU